AUGGGAGUGUCCGCUUCUCGAUGUGUGGUGGCGGUGCUGGCAAUUUUCACGUCGCCGGUCAUGGCCCGCUUACUACAGGAAUCCGAGGACUCUAAGGGCGAGUCCGAACUUCCAAGAAGGCUUUGGCAGCUGCCCUCGGACUACAUGGAAGGGGAAGUUGUUGGAGUGCAUUUUGACGGUGUCCUGGUGUUCGCUUCGAUUGUGGUCUCAGCCAUCGGUGCUUUUGCAACAUUAACGACAGCAGCAUACACACGAAAGGUUCGAAACUCGAAGUGGUACUUCAUUUUGUUGUGCCAGUGUGGACUUGGUCUAGGGGUGUCAACUAUUUGGGCCAUGCAUUUUGUUGCCCAGCGCAGUCUGUUUCUGAGUGGUGGGGCCGAAUCUGGUGGCAAGCAGCAACUUGAGAUGAGCUUCGACUUGGUGACCACAACAGUAUCUGCACUGAUAGCCUGGCUUCUCUCAACACUGGCCGUACAUGUUGCGUUGGGCCGCAAAGCAGCCGACAAACGUGCUGCACUCGAUGGAGAGGCUUCUGUUCGAUUGCCCCUCGCCUCGCUCUUGUUGGCCGUGAGCAUCGGCACUAUGCACUACGUGGGAACGCUAGCUGCAAGGGGGCCCUUCGUACUCCACUUCGACGCGGGACUGCUGGCAGUUGCAGUUCUGGUGGCCGUGAUCUGUUCUUCGGGGAUCAUUGCCCUCGUGAUUUACCUCCCUAACUCCACGCCGUGGCGCGUCGGCGUUGCGUGGCUCGUGGCUAUCCUGGCCAGCUCUGUCCACUACGUGGGUCUUCUUCCCAUCACCUACAAGGCCGACUCGCAGGGCUGGACAUGGCAAAUAGUUUGGGCACCUGCAGAAGUUCGUGCUGAGCCACCUAUAAUCAUUUCGCUGGUGCUAGACAUCAUUCUUAUGACCGGGAAUGCGUUAUACUUGGAGGUCAUUCAGGUGAGGGACAGAGCCUACAUGGAGCAGGAGCUUGGACACAGGAAUUUCGUGACACAGACGAAACCACUUAUGAGGCGAUGCAGGCAAAUGCAGUUCCCCAUGGCAUUGCUUCGGGCCACUGAGUUCAUUAAGCUAGGCAAGCUUGUGCAACAUGAGACGCUGCGAGACAGCAAGCUGUUGACUAUGCUGGACACGCCGGGGGCAGCUGCCAAGCUUUGCAGGAAGGGCUGCAUUAUUUUCUUUUCGCAUCAGUGGCUCUCCUCGGAAUCGCCCGAUCCCAGUCGGCAGCAUUUCGAGGACAUGACCAAAGCGAUCCAAAAGCUGGUCCAUUCAAGGCGCUUGAAAACGGAUAAAAUGUACGUGUGGGUGGAUUACUCUAGUAUACCGCAGCGAUCUGCAGAUCAGCAGCAGCGUGCAGUCAAUUCCUUACCAGCCUACGUAACAGCAUGCUCUGAGUUUAUCGUUAUCGCCCCGCAAGUGUUUCAUGCCGACUCGAAAGUACCCAGCAACUUCACGAGUUACUCCAGUGGCAUUGAGAACCGCCCCCUGGUGCCCCUCGAGGCGUCACCGAAACCAGGCAAAAGCUGGGCGGUGCACGCCCACUGGGGCACCUUCAGCUUGGGGUGCGUGAAUGCGGAGAUCAAGUACUGUGUCAUGACGGUUUUCCUAUGGAACGUGGAGAUGGCAGGCAACGAGGGUGGCCACACUGGGGCGGGAAAUCAUGAGGCCGGCGAUUUUGGGGCUACGAAUGCCGAGCACCGUUUUCGAAGAGUGGGCCGAGAUCCUGCUCAAAAGAAGGUGGGGAUGGAGAGCCUGCAGAGGCCGGGCGCGGACGUCACCGACAAGAAGCGCAGGGAAAGGGAGAGCCUGAACAUUGUGCAGGUUCUCCUCCAGCUCAUCCUCAAGCUGCUCCAGGACGGCGAGGGCAUCAACCUGGCAGGCAUUGUGGCUCAGUUGGGUGGCUUGAUCGGGCAAGGGCCGCCAGCCCAGCCUGGGUCGGCGACGCCAUCACCCAAGAAAAAGAGGAAGAAAAAGCGGAAGUUCAGCCUCCUUCGGCGGCACCCGCGACCAUCAACGGCGCUGCCAUCGCCGACGACACCGGCGGCAAGGCGAAGGGCAAGGGCAAAGGGACAGGCGACGACCUCCAAGCCGGGGCGAGCAUCCGUCGCGUGUGCAGGGCAAGGGCAAGGGCCACGGCGCCCAGAUUGGACAGGGCGGCGGGGUGGAUGGGCCGCUCCAUGGCGGCUCCGCGCUGCCGACUGGAAGGGGCCUCCCAACCUUAAGGUGCUGGCUGCGGAUGAGGUCCACCACGAGGGCGGCCACCCUGCUUUGGUCCAGGUCUUCAGCGAGGAGGAGCCUCUUUGUGCGGCCAAGACCACUGUGGUUUGGGAGAAGGCCCUUAUUGCGGAGCCGGGGGAGGAGUACCAGUUGAAGUCUAGCUCUGUGAAGGUCCGGGAUGCAACGGUGCCAGGCAGAAUUGGCGGGCACAUACGGGCAAGGCGGGUGGGCAUGAUCACGACCCACGCGGAUGCUCCGACCUUGAAGGAGGCCACCUUUACCUCAACAAGGACAUCACUGCACCCCAGCAAGCAGACAGUCGUGCUGCGCUUCAGCAUCGAGGCCCGCUAUGUUGCAAAGGAGUCUUGGGAACAGCUUUGCAAAAGUCCAGGGCCAAGGGCCCGCAUUUGGUUGCGGGGCAUCGCCACCGAUGAGUUGCAGGACACUUGGGGAUGGCAAGUGGAAACAAUCAAAGGCAGGGACGUCAUCACUGGAUUGGCUCGCCUCACUCCGGAGGCUGCGGCGGCUGUGACCACGUGUUCGGGCCGCAACUGCGGAGGCAUGCAUUGGUUCGUUGAGCCUCUCCGUUGGGAGGCGCCGUUGCCCACUGAGUUUGCGACUCCACCCAGGGUCGAGUGGAUUGACAAGGGCAAGGACGAGGACUAUGCUACCUAUGCCAAGAGGAUGCUUGCGGGCGCGGCCAAGAUGGGGGUAGCCAGGGGCCACAUCCAGCUGGGGGUCCGAUGCGCCAAAGGACCGGAAGAUGCCACGAGGCAUCGGGUGUGGGUGCUGGGCCCAGCGCCAAAAGCUUGGCUGGCCCAGGACGUCGAGGAGCUGCUUGAGGAGGCCGACUUCACGGAGUACACGGUGCUGCAAAAGAAGUUUGGCCGGCAGGGGGCGUCCUGGACCUUUCCUGCAAAGCGCAAGGAUGGCAAGGAUUAUCUCGCCAUUACCGUCAACGGCCAGGACAUGACAGCGGCGGUCACCGGCAUCACGGCGGCACCAUCGGCUACCAGGAAGCUUCCUGCUGAGAGGGCCCACUCGUUCCGGGGCAAGCCGAAGGAGGAGGAAAAGCACGCCGGCCAGCCUGUUCGCAUGGACGUCGAUGCGGCAGGUCAGCAGGGGGAGAACAAGAUGAUCAUGUUGUGGUACGAGGACCGGCACUACUCCAGCCUCUUUGGCAAAAUUCAGGAUGACAUUGUGGCGGCAGCGGCUCCUGGGUGUUGGCAGGGCCGACGCGGCGGCGGUGAUGACAGUGUGCACGAGCCCGAUGAGGAGGCCAGCGAGUGGGGCGGGCCAUCAGAGUGCUAUCACACGUUGGGCUGUUCCUCGCGCCUCUAUACGGUUGCCGCUGACUUGGGGGACCUGGCGGAGGUGCCACCCGCACCGGUGGCAUUGGGGCGGCGGCCGAAGCAGCAUGAUGGAUGGAAGUGCCCGGAAUGCCAAUGGCGCACGCCUCCGGGGUCAGACUGGAUUCGCAAAAAGCAGACCCACAUCAUCAACUACCACCCUGAGCUCAAGCGACAGCUUUCAUUGCACCCGGCCACUAGCGACAUGAAGUACACGGCCAAGCUCAGGCACAGGGAGGAGUAUCACCCCGAGGUCCCGAAGGAUUUCUUCGUCGGCCGCUCCUAUGCGAACAAGGCGUUCAAGAAGGCCACUGGGGCGCGAUUGAGCGCUGCAAUGGCCAGCCGGCUGAUUGACAUCAAGGCGGGGAAGGCGGGCGAGCAUGACGUGGUCGUCCUUCGGCUGCCGUGCACGCGGCCACCCAAGGAGGGCAGGAAAAAGCGCAAUGCGGUUGCUCAAGUGAUAUGCCGCAAAUGCACCCGGAUGGCGGAGUCGGUUGCUAAGCUUGGCAAACUUGAGUGUUCCUUGGGAGCAGGUGGGCAUCGACGCAAGACGCUCGUGGCGACCAUCGAGAAGGAGCUCCAGGAGGGCGCGCACACCGCGGAGAUCGUCCAGAGCAUGAAGACGUUUCUUGAGAUUGUCAAGGGCACGGUUGCGGGACAGCCGGUCGAGGCCGAGGGGGAGCACAUCCUUCAUGCGCUGCCUUGGCCAAAGGGGGAGGGUUUCGAGAUUCGUUUCGGUUGCCAGCGCUGCGGGGGUUUUUGGACCAACCUCUCCAAUGCCAACCGCGCGGUGUGCCAUGCUGCCAAACGGCGUCGCCAUGACAAGGGCAUCGCAGAGCUUCGGGACUAUGUCAAAGAGGAGGGCAUCCGAGGCCGAGCGGCCAGUGAUAUCCUCGCCAAGCUCGGCAUUGCAGCGGAGCGCAACACUGAGAUGGAGGACCAUGUGGCGGAUCGGGCCAUCCUGGAGGAAACGCGUGUGACCAACGAGGGCCUUCAUGCCAUUCGUCAGGCGCUGCGGCAUGCUGGUUGGCAGCUAUACUUCCAUGCCAAUAACGAGAGCCUCAACAAAUCCAUGGUGAGAGAUGUUUGCGAAUGGGCCGGCUCGACUGCUGAGGAUUUCAUGAUACUCGGCGACUGGAAUCGCGAGGCUCGGCAACAACCGCUGGCGACCAUGCUGGCUGCUGGCCGGGUCUCUGCUAUGGACCCUGACCCCUUUGCGGAUCAGAAGGGCGCCAGGAGGAGGGACAAUGGUGAUUACACGCGCCGGGUCAUUGAUUACGGCAUCGCUAGUCCAGGCAUGGCGGUGGGCGGCAGCAACAGGCUUUGGGGCCAGCGGAUCACGAUGUGGUGUCGUAUUGGGUGGCACUGCAAAGUGGGCUGCGAGGUUGGCGAUGGCAGUCGCAACUUUUCCUCACUCCCGAGCCGGGCCUGGAUUGGGGUGAUGUUUGGCCGAUCCAUGAGCGGGAAUACGUUAACCACCUCGCCGCGGGCAACACUACUUUGGCUUGGGCUUCGCUUUCUGCGGCGGCGGAGGAGCUCCUUGCGGCGCCUCGUGCUCCUACGGCGCCUCCCCGUGGCAUUGUGGGCAAACCUGUGCUCAAGGAGGACCACCAUGCAAAGGUGGCUAAGGCUCAGACCCUGUAAGAGCGGAGGCUACGUCGUGUGGCGCGUGACUAAGGACGUCUACGCUCUGGCCCGCCGCGACCCGGACAUCAUCCAGGCCUAUGACCAGGGCUAUGGCAAGUUGGCGGAGGUGCUGAACCACAAGGCGGCGGAGGAGGCGCGCCGGGCGGCUCAAGCCAGGCUUCAGCGGUGGCGGGAGGACGUUAAGUGCAACCUCCCACGGCUAGCGCGCUGGAUUCGCGCUACGGAGGAUGAGGCCACUCACGGCAUGGACCACUUCGGCCACGACCCGGACCCUCAAGCCAGAGCUGUUGAGGAGGCGGCCAAGUGGGAUCGUAUGUGGAACCGGAGGGGGAGGCCACCCCCCCACCCUUUCUGGGACUGCCUUCGUGAGCUCGGAACACAGCCUGGACAGGGCAGGCCUCCUGUUGUGGGGCCCGUUUGCCAAGGUGUCUUGGCCAUUGAAGGCGAGGACCUCUACAGACGUGUGCGAGCGGCGGCUCGUAAGCUGGAGGUUGCGAUGGGUGGACAGGCAAGCUCUGGGCCGCACUGCCGCGGCAGUUCUUUGACAAGCUGGCGGGCAUUUGGCAACGUGUCUUGGAGCAUUCCGGCUCCGUGGUUGCAGGUUAGGGUGUGCCUCAUGCCGAAGUCCGAUGGCGGCACACGGCCGUUAGCCACAGCUGCUCUGGCGUGGAGGUUGGGAGCGAGUGCUCUGGUGGCUCAGCUAACUUCGUGGGCCACUCGUGCCCUUCCUGUUGAGCUGUGUGGCGGAGUGUCGGGCCGGGACACCUCAGAUGACCAUGCUGCCCUCUGCCGUGACAUGUUUGUGCAGAGACGCGGAGGCCCUCUUGCUGGCUGCAAGGCGGACAUUCGCAAGUGCUUCGAUACGGUAUCGCCGACUCUUGCAGCCGAAGCUUUCCAGUGGUUGGGUGGCCCACCGGUCGCCGCUGAACUGCUGGAGCAUUUUUACAGGAGCCAUGAACGCUGGAUCACGAACCAGUGCUUCGUGGCACCUCGUCCGGUUAAGGACGCGGCGGCACUUCUCCAGGGAUGCCCGCUGUCCCCGCUCAUGCUGAACUGCCUAAUGGCUGUGUGGUGCCGCACUGUUCGCCUUCGUACUCCGAGGAUCCAGUUCGCGCUUUUUCUUGACGACCGGACUUUGUGGCACCGUGGUGCCCGGCCUGCCGCGCAAGUGCAUCAGGCAAUGUUGGAAGGCGGACGGGCUGACGCCGUCAUGGGGUUCACGCUCCAUCCUGACAAACUUGAGUACUUUGGCACUUCUCAUGGCACCCGUGAGGCGCUGUUUGCAAUGUCUGACGUGGUUGGGAUUCCCCAGGUGACCUUCACGCUGCUUGGAGUCAAAUACAACGUGGACCGCGCCGACCCGGUUAACGCUGGCGUCCUCACUGACAAGCUUGUGCGCCGAUGCAGGCGCAUUCGCUGGGCUGGGCCUACUGUGAAGCAGCGAGCGUUCCUUGUGGGCAUCAUGGUGGUUUCGCUGUUUCGCUGGUGCGCACCUUGGGUGAGGUUUUACAAACACAACCUGCAUCAGUGGCGUACCCACAUCGAGUCUGCUGUCUGGGGCCGCGCUCCCCCUCCUGGCAAAUCUCCGGCCAUUUUCUGGUCGGCUUUAGCUACGGUGAGCCUUCAUCCCGAGUUUGCUUUGACUGAGGCCACUUUGCUUAGCGAAAGGAAACGGCUCCGCGACGGCAGGCACUUGGCUAUGGCUACGCGCACUUUGGCUGCCUUCAAGGAGAUGGGCUGGACCGUUGUGGGAGAUGUGUGGAAUACGCCGCAUGGAGCUUUCCAUCCAGGCCAGGUUUCUCAGGCCUUCCUGCGGCGAGCGCUUCGUGAUGAUUGGACUCGUCGACUUUUCCUACGUGAUCCCAAGGUGGCGGGGCAGCAGGUGGCAGAGGAUUUGGUGCUCAGUUUUCACCAGAAGGAGGCUCAGGCCACCAACUGGGCUGGUCUUCGCGUGCUUGCGGCUGCGGCGGUGGACAGCAGAGGUUUGGCCAGGAGGCAGUGUGCGUUGCCUUGUGACUGUGGUGAGCAGGUGCCGUCCCGCACUCACGUGACGUUCGACUGCGAGGCCCGCCCGUGGACGGCAGCGAGACGCACUGCAGUCGAGCGCCGGCUGCUGGUGCCCCUGGGACUGGUGGCCCCCGCAUUCGUUGACGGCGACGUGGAGGCGAGCAUCGAGGAGGUUGCGCGCUGGGUGCAGCGGCUCCCCUUCAACUUUGACAUCGUGAUUGCCACCGACGGCGGCUGCCUGGUCCAUCCUGGACUGGAUGCUCACCAGAGGGCAGCUUGGGCGGUGGUCUUCUACGAGGGCGCAUGUUUUUCUGGGCUGGUGCCAGGACCGGAGCAGACUGCUGCGGCUGGCGAGCGGACUGCUCUUCUGAUCGUGGCGGUGGCACUGACUCGUGCCAAUCGUCAGGGCAAGCUCCUCAUUGACAACUUGCCCAUUGUGCAGCGGCUUCCCGCUGGGAGGUCCAGGUGUGAGGCGGGUGACCCGUGGGAGAUAUGGCGACGCAUUGCCGGCGCUUGUCAACUGAUUACGCCUGCCUGGAUCCCCUCGCAUGGAAAGCGUACCGAGUGGCAGCCCCCUGACGGCUUCCCCACAGCUGAGGUUUGCAGACGGCUGAAUGACAAGGCCGACUCAUUGGCUACACAGCAGCUGGCCCGCUUCAAGGGCGAGUUCGAGGACAAAGUGCAGCACAUCAAGAACUGUGGAGUUUGGGCUGCGGCGGCUCACCGUACUCAGCUGGAACGGACUGCACCUUUUCGAGAGGCGCUUCUCGAGUCUUACAACCCUCGCGCUCGCGCUGCAGCGCUGGGCUGUGAUGGCAUUUUGCGGUCGCUCAGUGACUGGCUGCGCCUUCGGGCACAGAUGAGGCAGCGAGACCGCCUUCGGGUGUUCUGUGCACUGAUGUCUGCCAUGAGUCGUGGGCACACAGGGCACGACAACUUGUUGAUGACUUCCCGGGUGAGCAGAGUCAGCACGAUCGCUUCAGAUUCCAACGAGAGUAUGUCAGACCUUUCCAUGUUGGAUACCUUUCAAAAUGAUGGCUUCGACAUCAAGCAGCGUUUGUACCUCGUGUGCGAAGGCAAGCUGCAGCCUCUAGUUUUCCUUGGGCCCAAUGGCCUGAAAGAAGAUUUCGCAGAAUUGCUGGAGGUUCCUUGCGACAAGAUCCGGGUGGUCGAGACUUUGACUGGGCUGUAUGCAGUCAUGGUUGUGCAGCUGUUGAAGAUCCGCAAGAGACGGGAUGCAGGAAUUCUCAUUCAAAGCCUCGCGCAGCUCGGAGAUCUGUUAGUGCACAACCGCGACCACUUCUGCCCACCCGAGUACUUCAGCACACGAAUUGAAGCCGUGCAUGAAUACUUGGGCAAGAAGUCGACGCAGACCCAGGCCCAAGAAUCGACGAAUAUGGACAAAUCUGAGGGCUCGAACAGCGUCCCGUCAGAUAUCGAUCUGCUCGUGCUCGAGCUUGAUGCUGAAGAUUCUGCAUCUGGUUCUGAUACGGAUGCGAGCAAUCCAGCUGCCGUUUCUGCGCCGCUGGCACCACUGCGUGCAGACGCGGAGGACCGAGAGGUAGCCUCCAUGGGCGAUAAACCUGCCUGGGGCGAGGACGACCCUGAUGAUGCGCCUCGCGAAGAGGCGCCACUUCCUGCCGAGGUCGUUACCAGACGAAAGCGAAAGGUGACGAAAGAAGAGGAGGUGAAAGAACAGGAGGAGUACGUUACCAUGUCGUGGGAAGAGAUCUUUCCCAAGAAGCCGAUGGACAGGCUACGCUGGCUCUUCAAAGCCUGCAAGGCGGCGAAAGAGGGGCGGAUCAAGCCGAACCCACUGUACAACGUCGUGGCUCACAGGAGAUUUCUCGAAGGCCUCAAGGGCAGCAUCGCCACCGAUUGCCUCAAUCUCAUCCGUGGCCACAUACACCUCUUCAGCCCAAAGCAGCAAAAGCAGCUGCAGUCUGACAACUUCGAGCUGUUCCGAAAGUAUGCCCCAAUCAGCGUGCUGGACUCUGACGACGAUGAGGAUGCUGCGCCGCCCUUGCCGCCACCUCCGGAGGUCCAUGUGGAGAUGAAGGACAAGAAGAGGAAGAGGGGCGAAGUGCGGAAGCAAGUAGAAGAGGAAGAAGAAUUCGGUUUCAGCGAUGAUGAAACCGAGGUCAAGAAGGCGAGGAUCUUGGCCAAGGGCAUUGAAAGGCGAAUUGACCCAGCGGAUGGCCAGGCCUACAGCCUAGAGGAGUUCAUCACGGAAUAUGGUGGCAGCGGGGACAAGCCACCUGUCGAGUGGGAGAACUCCAAACAUACCUCGUUCAUCUACAAGGAGUGA